AUGGGUUCCCAGCACAACCCUGACGAACUCAUGGGAGAGGAGGAGUUCGGUGCCUCUUUCUCGGUUGACUCUUUCUUCGCUGAGGAAGCGGUCACCCCCACUGUUUCCGCUCCGCCCCCCGCGAAACGCGUCUGUGCUGCCGGUUCAUCCAGCUCUGCGCCUGUGGCUCCCCGUGCGGCCUCGGUGGUGCCGCCUGUCACUCCGGUCAUGGCUUCCAUAGCCGGUCCAUCCUCGGCUGCGCCUGCUCCUUCAACGUCGACCCAAGAGGCUAAUCCUGUGGCCGUCCUCGCCAUCACCGGCCGGUAUCAGCGCCUCCGGCGCAACCGUGAGACUGUGGGAGUCGUCGUCGCGGCUCUGGCCCGUGACACUGAUGCACUUGUCGUGCUUUUGUUCCCUGAGGCGCUUGAAGCGCACCGCAGUCGGAUCUUAACCCGCGUGCGCAGCAUCCUGCGUGGUCGCGACUUCGCUGGUGGCCGUGUCCCUGUCUUCGAGGCUUCUGCAGGCGAGCUUCUGCGCCUUCCCCGUCGCUCGUACUGCCGUCAUAUGCUCCAGUGGCCGUCGGUGGAUGACGCGAAUCGGUUCAAGCAGCUCCUGCCGAUCACCUACCGCUCGUCUGAAGGGCCGACCGCGGAGAUCAAGGUUUACCAGGAUCCCGCUCCCGACUUCUCCGCGGCCAAGGCCCGUGGCGAAAUUGUGCUGGUCCUGCGUAACGUGCCCGUGGGUUUUGCUGUCCAGACGCUUCCCAGGAUCAUCGGACAGCAUCCCUCUGUGGCUUCGUUCAAGGCAGACCCGGGAACCUUCUUCAUCGGGACAGACCUCGAGGUGGAGGUCUGGACCUGUGUCCUGUGCUCCUACCGCUGUGGCUGGGCUCUGGACAGCGCGAUGGAUCACGUCGCAUGCCCCUCUCACAAGGCGGCCACUCAGCUGAUUGCUGGAAACAUCACCCCCCUGGAAGAGUUUGGGGAUGUGAAAGUGCACAUCUUCAAUCAGAACCAGGCUAUUGCCGCCUUCCUCGCGCAGGGAUAG